AUGUAUCCAGACGACGCUGCCCGAGACAGCCCUCUGAUGGUGCUGGAGACGCCGCUGCUGCGCGUCAGCCGGCCCGUUGCCGCCUGCUCGAGAUGCCGCAGCGCCAAGGUCAAGUGCGACGGCAAGCUACCGGCCUGCACCGCCUGCGAAAAGGCCAACCGCGCCGCCGAGUGCUCCAGCACUAACGACCAGUUUGCCCGCGGCAAGGAGCGCAGCUAUGUGGCCACGCUGGAGGCCCGCGUGGAGAAGCUCGAGAAGCGACUGCACGACGCCCGCUCGCGCCGCCGCUCGUCUGUGACCAUGACCGAGCCCGAUGCCCAUCAGAGUACCCCCCGUUCGGCGCCCGCCGCCAAUGUCUCCAAGGCCACGGACAAGGCCGCUCGCCGCAAAGAGGAGGACGACAUCAACGACCUCGUCUCCGACUUUGGGCUGCUGUCAGUCAACGCCACCGCCCGCGAUUUCUACGGCUUUACUUCAGCCAUGUCUUACGCCCGCCUCAUCCUGUCUGCCUCUUCAAAGGAGCCUUUGCCCUCGGGAAUGGCCAAAAGCCUUCCCCCCCGGUAUGCCAUCACCUCCCUGAUCCAACACUACCUCGACUCCAUGUUCGUGCUCCUGCCUAUCCUGGACGAGACCAGUUUCUACGGCUCCGUCGACGCCGUCUACCAGCCUGACCAGCGUAAGGCGGGUGCUUUCGAUUUCUGGACGCUACGGAUGGUCCUUGCCAUUUCGUCCAUCAGUUAUUCGGAGCAGCGCGGAGACGUGCAUUACAGCGAUGCUGUAGGCCAUGUUAAUGCAGCCCUCGAACAUGCAGAAGACGUGCUUCGUCCCGGAUCUGUUGCAAGCAUACAGGCCAUGUUGCUCCUGGCACAGUACUCGAUGCUAGAUCCGCAUCACUUUGACAGUUGGACCCUCGUCGGUGCUGCGUCGCGGGCAAUGGUUGAUCUCGGUAUGCACGUGGAUCCCUCCAAGAGCGCGUCGAUGAGCAAGCCCAAGCUUGAGCUUCGAAGGCGUGUGUAUCACUGUCUGUAUGCCAUUGACAGGGAGACUUCAUUGGUCCAAACGAGGUCUUUCUCCUUCUCCGAUGAUUCGGCGCACGUCGGGCUUCCGUUCUCCGGCAGCGCAUCUUCCGCUUCGAAGGCGUCAUCAUCAUCGCUGACCCAGUGGGGCCAGUCCUUCGAGUCAGCUCUUGAUCUUUUCCGUUUACGUCAAAUCCAGUCAGCCUGGUACACUGAUCUCUUCCAGUCAGAACGUGACGCAUGGCCAGACCCCUAUCCUCGCCUGUGGAGGAUCUAUAACUCGAUGACGUCGUGGUUCAUGAAACUGUCGCAGAAGAUUUCGCCGGCAUCCCGAACGUAUUUCGAGCUCGAGCUGCUCUAUAGUUAUGUCUACGCGCUCUCGCCAAGUCCACGCUGCCCAAGGAUCAACGAGUACGCACAGCGGCUCAUAUUCGAGCAUUGCGCCACGUACUCGUCAAGGAUGCUUGGGGCGUUGUCGGAGGAUUCGAGUGAGAAAAUGCCCGUCACGUUCUACGACGCUAUGAGAGCGUACAUGACCGGCCGCCAAUUUGUGGACGUUGUCUCCAGAAAUCAGGAGUCGCUCUUAGAAGGACCGCGUCCAAUAGCGUCACGAGCAACUUCCACGUCGACGACAGACGAUUACCUGGAUCCUGCGUCAAGCGGUAGUGAAGCGUUGCCACCACCAUUCCCAGAGGCGAGGUCAGGAGGUAUGGAGAACCAGGCGGUGAAGGCCAUCAACACAAUCAACAACUUCUCGGCAAUCCUAGCGCGACUAGGAAACCGGUUCGGAUACAUCAAUUGGCGGGACCGGUUUCAGCAGGACUCGGCAGCUCUGUUGACGCAGCUGUACGUUCGAUCGCAGCAGCAAAAACAAGACGUGAGCAACGGGUAUGCUAUGUGGAGUGCCACUGGCAGCCCUGGAACAGAGUCAAUGUCGGGAUCGUCCCCAGCGACAUAUUUCGACGGCUCGACGGCAGGGGGCUCGCAGUCAUAUGGAUAUUCCGACGGGAACAACUAUCGACAGCUAAGCCCGGGAUGGCCGGAAUCCAGCGAGGGGUCGAAUCGGAGGGUCUAUCAGCUUGGACAGCUGAAUUCCGGGACCGCGGGUGGGGGGGCAACGGUACCAGUGACGGAGGACAUGAGUCUGAGCACUGCAUGGGAGACAUUACCAGGCGGUAGCAUGAAUGCGCGGUUCUCAUAA